CCGCGCGGCGCGGCCUGGCGCUCCGCGGCGGCUGCACCGGCAGCGUGGUUUCGCCAUGCCGAAGGCGAAGGGGAAGAACCGGCGGCAGAAAUACUCCUACAACCUCAACCGCAAGCGGCUCUACCGGAGCGCCCGCCGCCGCGCCGCCCCGCGCAUCGCCUGCUCGCAUAUCCGCCAUGCCUGGGACACGACCAAGUCGGUGGCGCAGAACCUGGCCGAGAUGGGCCUGGCCGAGGAUCCCAACAAGGCCGUCCCCAUCCCUAAGGAGAAGCUACUGGGGAUGGAAGUGGAAAGCGAUGGAUGGGGACAAAGAAAGAAAAUAGUGCGGAAGCCCUAUGUGGUGAAUGAGAUGGAAUAUGAGGCCAGUCUCCCCGAGAAGAAGUCAAACACACUCUCGCGAGACCUCAUUGACUACGUGCGGUACAUGAUACAGAACCAUGGGGAGAACUACAAGGAAAUGGCUCGAGAUGAGAAGAACUACUACCAGGAUACUCCCAAGCAGAUUAAGAGAAAGAUCAACGUGUACAAGAAUUUCUAUCCCGAGGAGUACAAAGAUUUCAUAUUAUCACUCAAGCAGGAAAAGAUGGACAUGCAGUGAUUGCCCUUUUUUCUCAGGUUUGCCUGCAAGUGCAGGUUUGAUGUGACCAUUUUCUGAACCAAUUGGGGACUGACAGACAGGUGACGGUCACAAGCUCAGCACCAGCAAGCUGAGCUACGCAAAGCCUCUGGCAAUGGAGGAAGGACCUUCAUUAGACAGAGACAGUUAUAAUCAGGCAUGAAAGACUCUUGGCUAUGGCUUGUGGCAUUGGGACUGGAUGUGCUGUGCUGCUCCCUUUCUGUGUGGCCAUCAGCACUUCUUUUGCCUUGUUAAAAUAAAUUACUCUUUCAAGCUGG